AUGAAGCCUGAUUUCAAAGGCUCCAUGAUGCAAUGCAAUUCAAAAAAUAUUCUCACUGAUGAAAAGAAGGAACUGCUGCGUAAGCAGAUAAUCCCUAACGCGAUACAGAUGCACAAGGACCGCCUGCUGGUGCAACCGCUCAAAGAUAGCAUCCUUGUUGAACACUUUAAUGGGAAACUUUGCUCUCACUUUACGAUUCCCCAGUUCCACCACGACACCGGUGUACCGGAUACCGAUUUCCUGCUGUAUGUAGCGGCGGGACCAACUGUACCUGUUGUGUGCAUGUGGGCACUCACGUGCCAAUAUGACCCCAGCGGCCGCCCCUUGGUAGGUGUUGCCAAUAUUGGGUCCGUAGACACUAAGGAUAUUUUCUUUUCAACACAUACCCUGGUGCACGAGAUAUUGCAUGCGUUGGGAUUUGAAAUUGAAUUUUUUAAAAAUCGAAAUAUGGUUGAUACUGUGUCUGUUCGUAAUAAACCAGCAAGUUAUGUUCUGAAGUCGCCCAAAGUGGUGGAAGUCGCGAGGGCUCAUUACGGGUGCAGUACCAUGCAGCACGUGGAGUUGGAGGACAUUGGUGCCAUGGAGUCUGUCGGCUCACACUGGAAGAUGCGCAACGCAAAGGAUGACUUGAUGGCUCCUUCUGAUUCUGCAGGUUUCUACACUGCCAUCACCAUUGCGGCGAUGGAGGACACGGGCUACUACAAAGGCAACUACCGCAAUGCUGAAAGUAUGGCAUGGGGUAAGAAUGCCGGUUGUGUGCUCUUUGAUAAGAACUGCGUUAUUGACGGUGUGUCGCAGGUGCCGGAGAUGUUUUGUGACAGUUUUAUCUUUUUUAAAAGUGAGUACACGUGUACAUCAGACCGGAUGGGCAUUGGAGACUGCAUGAUCAAGCAUCAUACCGGCUUACCAAUAUAUUUCCAGUACUUCCCAAAUCCGAUUAUAGGUGGGAAGAAUCCAUUUAUGGAUUACUGCCCAUACAUAAGAUCUUAUUUAAGUACUAUGUGUUUUAAUGGGGAUGCAGGAAUGCUGUCUGGUUCUGUGUUUUCAGAAUCUGCGCGAUGUUUUUCAGCUGUCUCGAGGACUCCUCUCCAGAUAAGUGAUGGGCAAAAUAUGCUCUCUAUUUGCGCAGACGUGCAGUGUGACAAGGACACCUCGAGGUACCGUGUGCGCGUGAAGGGUGCCAGUGAUUUCGUGGACUGUCCACCCGGUACUACCCUUGUACUUUCGGACUACAGUGCUGAGUUCUGGUCUGGUGCAAUCAUGUGUGCACCAUACAAGGAGGUGUGCCACAAAUCAUUUUGCCCCUAUUUAAACGGUGACAAUAACAAAGACAAACACAACAGCAAAAAUUUUAAAGCUUCAUCUAGUGCUACUAGCAUUGCAUACCAGUUCACUUACACGCUUGUUGCAGCGCUGACAGCAAUGAUUGUCCUCGCUGAAUAUUGA